UAAAAGACCAAAUUCAACGGGAUUGAUCUGGCAUACAUCAAAGAACCAACUUUACCACAAUGUUUUGUAUACCAGAAAUAACACUGGUUAUGCAUGUUAUGUUGAUCAGUUUAUCAUCAUAUGAAAUGGUUUCAACUGACCUGGCCAACAGUACAACACAAGAAGCAUCAACCACGAUCACAUAUCGGGCUCUACGUAACACCUUACCACCUAUGUCAAAUUAUCAAUGUUUAUCUGAUGCUGACUGUGGCGUGGACCAAUGUUGUCAUAAACUACCCAAAAAUCCAAUAUAUAGUAAACGUUUCCUCGAAAUUCAGACAUCACAUCCUUUUGGCAAUUAUUAUAUUGGAUCAAGAUGCAGUGACAAGGCAAAAGAAGGAGUGUUUUGUCCAUUAUACGUUUGCGGGUGCGUAAAAAAUCUAGCAUGCCGACAUAUAAAAAUGCCCCCUUCAAUGCUUCAGAUGUCGACUCGUCCAACUCUACCUCCAACAAUAAACACGUGGACUCCGCCAAUGGAAAUGAUACCAACUAUUCCAGAUGUCCAGCGAGUAAGGAGGACAUUUCCGCCGAUUUUACCUGGGUAUUACUAUAGAUGUGUAUGAAAAGAGAUAUCAAAAACGGAUUUAUGCAAUAUCAUAUUUUGAAUGUUCUGUGAUAUUCACAUUAAUAUGUAUAUAGCAAUUUGAACGAAACCUUUGAAUUUUUGAA